AUUCACUUGGGUUUUCCGUUAUACAAAGUUCAGUAAACAGUUCGUGGUUCCAAAUAUAGACAAGGAAGAAAAUGUCAUCUCUUAAGCGGUAUACAUAAUCCGAUGAAAUAGAAAAGAGUCAUGAUUUCUCCCAGAUGAUGUGUCAUCAUGUUAUGUCUUCUUGUCAUCAAGUUUGAAUGUGCAAGUACGUGUAUGUCUAGUGCUCCAGAAGAAUGUCCUAAGCCGUUUUGUAAAUGUGAAAAGAAAUCAAAUGGAAAAGCCGUGUGUUCCGGGCGCUCUUUAAAUUACAUUCCAAGACUUCCAAAAUAUAUUCGGUCUGUUAUAUUCACGAAUACAAGUAUAAGAGUAAUAGACAAAUGUGGAUUGGUCAAUUUAACAUUUCAACAAAUAGAAAAUAUAAAUUUUACUGGUAAUGAUUUACACAGUAUUGACAAGGACGCAUUUCUAAAUUUGACUUUCCUAUCUUCGCUUAUUGUAUCAUCGGAACCUAAUUUGAAUGUGUCUACCCUUAAAUUAUCUUUUCAGAGUUUUCAGAAGUACAAGCUUUCUGCAUUGCGCCUUACUUUCAAUUAUUGGGAAUCCCUUCCAAAAGAUAUGUUCAACAAUGCUCAUGUGAGCAAUGUUAGGCUUUUGUUUUUGCAAGCUAAUAACUUUACGUAUGUCGACUUUACGACAUUUAAAUCCAUGACCCGUUUACGAGACAUAUCUCUUGCCAAUAACUCAAUAAGUCAAAUUUAUUUUACUAAGUUGACUUCAUUAACUAAAUUGGACAUGAGUUCAAAUCUGCUUCAAAGUGUUCCAACAUUUUGUGGAAGAAACGACAUUAGUUAUUUCCCUAACUUAAAUAACAUAAUUUUAAGCCGUACCUAUAUUGCAUUUCUUGGACCAAAAAUAUUCCGUUGUUUACCACGAUUAUCAACGUUAUACUUGGAUUAUACAAACAUUGGAACACUUCAAGAUAAUGUGUUUGCUUCUUUACCAUCGCUACAAACGUUACAUUUGAAUAACCUUGGUCACCCUUUAGGAAAAAUUACACAAAAUGCAUUCAAUAGUUCUUCGUUAGAGACUUUGAUUUUACGUGGAUCACACUUUCAUUUUGACCAAAAGGAAAGAUACAAUGCAAGCAGAAUUUUUGCUUCUUGUCCAAAUCUACAACACUUGGAUCUCACAGACAACAAUAUGCCGUCUGAUGAAUCAACCUUCCAAACGAUUUUUCGGCCACUGAGAAAAUUACAAAAAUUAUUUCUCACAUCAACUAAGAUAGUAAGUCUUCCAACAAAUGUGUUUACACAUAUGAAAUUGCUUCAGAAAUUACAUUUAAAUGACAAUGGAAUAACUUUUUGGAACAACAGUUACCAUAUAUUUGGUAAUAUGACAUCAAUGAAAUAUCUGAGUUUAAGACAAAACUAUAUAUCUGUUAUCAAUGAAACCAGCUUCCCAGAGGACCUUUUGUCCAGACUAGAAACAUUAAAUCUAGCUCGUAAUCCUUUUUCAUGUAUUUGCGACCAAAUGUGGUUCCGAAACUGGAUUCAAAAGAAUGGUUCGAUUUUAAAGGAGUAUCCAAAUCAAUAUAGAUGCAGACAUCCCAAUAGUAUGAAUGGUAUAGUAUUAAAAGAUUAUAAACCUACAGACAAAAUGUGCAAUCCAUGGAAUCCUCUGUAUACCAUGGCAAUUGUCAUGGGAAUUGUUGUUAUAUCGUUCAUCACUGUUGGUUCUAUCGCUGCAAAGUGUCAGGGCAAUAUUAAGAACUAUAUCUAUUUACUACGUGUUUAUCACAACCGGAAAAAGGGAUACAUCCCUCUUGACAGUGAAGAGGAUUAUGAAUAUCAUGCUUUUGUUGUGUAUUGCGAUAAUGAUAGAAAAUGGGUUCACAACGAUCUUUUGAACAAGCUUGAAAAUGAAGAAGGAUUACAACUAUGUAUUCAUCAUAGAAAUUUCGUAGUAGGAGAUUCUAUUAGUGUAAAUGUUGACAAUUUUCUUAAAAAGUCAUGGAAAGUUUUAGUUAUUGUAUCGAACAAUUUCGCACAAAGUGAAUGGUGUCAGUGGGAGGUAGAUGUUGUACAAGAGAGACGCCGACGCCAAGGGAAAGAAGUCAUUGUUCCUAUCAUACUAGAUACCAUUGACUCAAAACAUAUGACUAGUCAGCUACGUACCUUACUGGAUAGUACACCCUAUUUAAGGUACCGUUCCGGUGUAGGUUCAGAACUAUUCUGGAAAGUUUUAUUGGAGAGUUUAAGAAAACCACUGGGACAUCCACCAACCUCUUUACUUUACUAUCCAAGCUUUGAUGAUCAAACAAGAGUCUCACCUGAGACUGAAACGCCCACCUGGUGAAAAUGUAACAGUCUGCAAACAAGGGAUAAUUUAGUCUUAGAUGCAUGAUUUUUUUAUUAGUUUUUAUUGGCUUUGACCUAGCUGUCAGAUAACCGCGAUUACUCUGAGAUCUGUUUAUAGUGUCUUUUUUGUUGCUGAUAUGAACAAGUACCCGUCCACGUCUACUUGGUUUGUUUUUUGUCCUUCUGAUGAGUUGAGCCUUUUUCAAUUUAUUCUUAUAGUUCGUUCUGAUGUUGUACCACUGUCCCAGGUUAGGGAAGGCUUGGGAUCCCGGGAACUUGUUUUAACCAACCACAUUCUCUAUGUAUGUGCCUGUCCCAAGUCAGGAGCCUGUUAUUCAGUAGUUGUCGUCUGCUUAUGUGUUACAUUUUUGUUUUUUUUCAUUCUUUUUGUACAUAAAUAAGGCCGUUAGUUUUCUCGUUUGAAUUGUUUUACAUUUUCAUUUCGGGAACUUUUAUAGCUGACAAUGUGGUAUGGGCUUUGCUUAGUGUUGGAGGCCGUACGGUGACCUAUAGUUGUUAAUUUCUGUGUCAUUUUGGUCUCUUGUGGCCGGUUGUCUCAUUGGCAAUCAUGCCACAUCUUUCUUUUUUAUACUUAAAUUGCACAAAGUAUUUAUUGUUUUGAGUCCUGAUCAUAAUUUCAUUUGUUAUUAAUUUAGCUCUCAUAGUUAUUGAAAUGAGAGCUAUAAACUGUAAACAUAUCAAGUUAAAAUCGAUUUUUCAUAGCUUCUUAAGUUUAAAGAAAGGCAACAUCUGCCAUAUCAGUAACAACACAUUUUUUUAGUAGGGACAAUAACUAAAAUUUAGCGGCGGUUUUAUAGAUAAUAGUCAAAACACUGUCUAAAUUGAUUAAAUAAAAUUGAAAAUGAAAAAAAAAAGAUUCUUCAAAGAGACAACAAAUGACCAAAAAGCAGAAACCUUACAUUCUGGGAUAACUUCUAAAGACUUUUAUGAAAUGUUAUCAUGAAAUUAGAAUGAGCGAUUAACAGUUUUAACCUUGCUCCUAUAAAAAUAAGGCAAGAACCGCCUUGUUAGGUUUUGUCUUAAUUUCUGUUGUUUUCGAGAUAUUCUAUCUAAACGACAGUUUGUAAAAGGUUUAGUCGCGGUGGUCAUUUUUUUUAACAACCUGAAAAUCACAAACUUCAUAGUAGAUAUUAAUAAAUAAAACAGACAAAAUCAGGUUCCAUCCAUAAAGCAGUUUCAGAGGAUACGUUUAAAAAAAAAAGGUUAACGGACGACCGUAAAGCUCACUAGGUCUUUA